AUGCGUCCGCAGAGCAGCAGCCGCGACAACCAGCGGGACUCGAGCGACUACCGGUCGGAGCUCACGCGGCUGCUGCAGGUCUACGAGCCGGGUAACGAGGCGUCGGCCGCGCAAUUGCUGGAGACCUACGCGGGCAUGGAGCACGAGCUCGUCGAGUGCUACCGCCACUACUACGCGGGCAAGGGCAGCUUCCGCGUGGCGCUGGACGACAACCAGGAGGCCGGUUCGCCGCGGGUCUCGUCCCCCGGGCCGCUGCACCUGCCCACGUCGGCCAUUGGGACCUACCUGCAGGCCAAGCUGCAGUCGAGACGGGGCGGCGCGGCCCGCAACGCCAAGCUGGAAGACGUCCGGGGCCCCACGGCCGCUGUAGCAAUAGACAGCCCCAGUCGACGACGCCCCGCGGCCGUAGCGCCCCGACGACGAGCCACCAGCUUCACCGCCAGGCUGCAGCACGAAGCGGGGGACCUCAGCAGCAGCAGCAGCUACGAAGACGACGAGGACGAGGCCGCGCUGCUCGCGCGACGAGCGUCCACGCCGACGGAGUACAGUCGGAGCAGCUCGUAG